GAGGCCGCCCCGCUUCCAUGUUGCCACGUUCAAAGCCGCCGGCGACGGGGAGCGUGGCGGACACGCGCAGCCCGCACGCAACCGCUGCGCCCGCCCUCUCCGCCUCGCAGCCAAUCGGCGCAGAGAGAGGUCACACCCCGUCGCUCUGCGCGCUCUGCCAUUGGCUGGAGGCUGCGGGCGGGAGGGGAGGGGGCGUGCCUGGCGCUUGGCUGCGGUGGCAGCCGGCGCUCCCGCACGCAGCGCUCGGACGGCGGCGGCUCCUGACUCAUUCCUGCUGUAGCCCCGCCCCGCGCUACCUGACAGGAGGCGCCAUGGCCUCCCGCAAGGGCUCUAAGGGCACCGGCGGCACUCCCGGCUCCGGCUCCAAGCGAGAGAGUAAGCAUGGAGGAAACAAGAACGGAAAGAAAGAAGGCCUCUCUGGAAGCUCAUUUUUCACCUGGUUUAUGGUAAUUGCUUUGCUGGGAGUUUGGACAUCAGUAGCAGUUGUCUGGUUUGAACUUGUAGAUUACGAGGAAGUCCUAGGCAAACUUGGAAUAUAUGAUGCUGAUGGAGAUGGAGAUUUUGAUGUGGAAGAUGCUAAAGUAUUGCUAGGCCUAAAAGAAAGAUCUGUCCCAGAACAGCCAGCAUCACCAGUAUCUGAGGAGACCAUUCAGCCUGCUGAGCAGUCAUUUGUCAAAUCAGAGCACAAGAAUGUUGAUGUAGAAUUGGAAGAGGAAAUUCAGCCUGUUCUUCAUGAAGCUCUCCACUCCCAGCCUGGAGAGGGACAUGAAGAUGUAGAUGAAAGCAUAACUGACCAGUGGCAAGAGAAGGAAGAAAUACAUACAGAAACAUUUGAAGCUCCCGCAACAGAUGACUUGCUUAGAGAGUUAGAGAAUGAAAUGACAGAGGAUUAUGAGAUACCAGACUCACUUCAAAAAGAUGCUGAUCUUGUAGCAGAUGAUCCUGGAGCAACAGAACCUGAAAGAUAUGAAGUUCCAGUUUCUUAUGAAUAUGAUAUGGAUGUGGAAAACAUAGUAAGUGAUCCAGAAGCUCCAGGUGACACUGAGCUAACAUUAGAAGAUGCUGUUGAACACUACACAGAGGACAGAGUGCAUGAUGUUUAUAAUGAACAUGAACCAGAACAAGAGAAAGAGACUGAGACUCAAGAUACAGCUGUUGAGGACCCUCCUGAGGAAGUACAUGAAGCCACAGAACCAGUUAGAGAUGAAGUUGUUGAAGAUUUAGAAAUUGAGAAAAAACUACCAGUAGAAAGUAAGCAUACAGAAGAUAAUGUGGCCACUGGACCAGAGGAAUCAGAAGUCCCUGUUCAAACUGAGGAUUAUUCAAAUGAUAAUCUAGUGGGAAAAGGUGAAACAGAGACUGAGCAAGACAAAAUGGAAAAAGUUAAAAAGAAGAAGAAGCCGAAGCUCUUAAACAAAUUUGAUAAAACCAUUAAAGCUGAAUUAGAUGCUGCAGAAAAAUUACGUAAAAAAGGAAAAGUUGAAGAAGCUCUAAGAGCCUUUGAAGCAUUGGUGAAUCAGUAUCCUGAAAGUCCACGAGCAAGAUAUGGAAAAGCACAGUCUGAAGAUGACUUAGCUGAGAAAAUGAGAAGUAAUGAGAUGCUGCAAAAAGCCAUCAACACCUAUGAUGAGGUGGUUAGUCUGCCAAAUGUCCCUUCAGAUCUGAUAAAACUGAGCUUGAAACGAGAAGCUGACAGGCAGCAGUUCCUUGGUCGCAUGAGAAGUUCCCUGAUUACUCUACAGAAAUUAGUUCACCUGUUUCCAAGUGAUACAUCAUUCAAGAAUGACCUUGGUGUUGGUUACCUCUUGAUAGGAGACAACAGCAAUGCCAAGCAAGUGUAUGAGGAGGUUCUACGCAUGGCUCCAGAUGAUGGCUUUGCCAAAGUACACUAUGGCUUCAUCCUGAAGGCUGAAAACAAGAUAGCAGAGAGCAUACCUUACCUAAAGGAAGGACUAGAGUCUGGUGACCCCGGCACAGAUGAUGGACGAUUUUACUUUCAUUUGGGUGAUGCCUUGCAGAGAAUAGGAGACAAAGAGGCGUACAAGUGGUAUGAGCUUGGAUACCAAAGAGGUCACUUUGCAUCGGUCUGGCAGCGCUCUCUCUACAACGUCAAGGGACUGAAAGCUCAGCCGUGGUGGACAGCAAGGGAAACUGGUUAUACAGAACUGGUAAAGUCCUUAGAAAAAAACUGGAAGCUCAUUCGAGAUGAGGGGCUUGAUGUGAUGGAUAAAAAAAGAAGCCUCUUCUUGCCUGAAGAUGAGAAUCUACGAGAAAAAGGAGACUGGAGUCAAUUUACUUUAUGGCAACAAGGAAGAAAAAAUGAGAAUGCUUGUAAAGGUGUUCCAAAAACGUGUGCUUUACUGGAAAGAUUCCCAGAAGCUACGGGCUGCCGAAGAGGACAGAUCAAAUAUUCUGUCAUGCUUCCAGGAACUCAUGUCUGGCCCCACACAGGGCCCACCAAUUGUCGGCUAAGGAUGCAUUUGGGCUUAGUGAUACCUAAAGAAGGCUGCAGAAUUCGAUGUGCCCAAGAAAACAGAACCUGGGAAGAAGGGAAGGUUCUUAUUUUUGAUGACUCUUUUGAGCACGAAGUGUGGCAGGAUGCUGAAAGUUAUCGCCUGAUAUUCAUUGUUGAUGUGUGGCACCCUGAGUUAACAGCACAACAGAGACGAACCCUUCCUGCUAUUUAAGGGAUUAUUUCUGGUGUGAAGAGCAGAGGACCUUUAACCCUUCAGAGUAUGCAAAUAGAAACAUGCAGGAUUAUUUUAUCCAGCAUAUGAAGAAUGCUAGUAUUGUAAGGGUUAGAAGAGGUAACGAUGACAUUCUACAGUCACAGAGGACUUGAGUUUAAAAAACAAAAAGACAAAAGAAAAAGAAAAAAAAAAGCCAUGUUUGUUUCAUACUGAUAUAGCACUGAUAUGUAUUGUUUUUCUGGCUGCAAGUCUGAAAAUACAAAUCUUGUCAGUCAAGGAGCAAUAUAGGUCUGGAUUUUCAAGCUGAGGAACGUGCAGAUGUUUUUACCAUGCCUCUAUGACAUGUUCAAAAACAGUCAUCUACCUGCCCGGCCAUGUUCAGGCACAAGAUUUGCAAUAACACAUCCGGGAAACACUUCCCAGGCUUCCCUCUGGGAAGCAGCAUGUAAGAUAUUCAUAGACACAUGCAUCCGAUCAACUUUGAAAACCAUUGUGCAGUUGUAAUGUUAACUGCUUUAGGUAUAAAACAUGUUAUCAACUGUAGAUAAUGUGAAUGGAUUGUGUAUUUUGUUGGUUUUUUCUACCUGAAUAACAAUUUUUCUAGCACAAUUAUGAACAGAUCUUCUUCAAUCAACCACUAUUUUUAAAAAUAAUGUAUAUACAAAGUACAUCUCUAGCUAUAAGCAUAUACUGUAUGUUGUGCUGUAGCACAACAAAAGUAGUAUAAGAACAGAUAUCAUUUUGCCAACUGCGACCUUCUCUUGCCUUCCUGGAAAUGCAAACAGAAACUUGCAUAAUCCACUUCUUAGUAAAGCAUUGUUCUUCUAAAAGAAAAUAGUUCAAUUUUGUAAUGUGACUUUGGAAGAUGUUGAACAAGUAUGACAUCUGUAGACUUGUCUCUUACAGUGCUCUUCAGUUCUUAAGAUUAUGUGGUGAGCUGCAUAAGGACGGGGUCCUUCCAGGUUUCCUGCUGGAAUGCAAAGCGAAGAGCUGCAGGUUAUUAACUUGAAUUAACUUCUCCUGCCAGCAUCCUACACAGCGCUAGAAUGGUCCUUUAAUUGACCUAAUGGUGUUUUCCUUGUCUUGAAAUGUAUGAUGCAAUUCUGAAGCAGUCUUAUCACAGCAUCAUUUACAGUAUACUCUGUAUUUGCCACCCGGAGUUUACUAUAUGUUAAAAAAGCCUUAUUUUUAAGAAAGAAAUACUGGAUGUUUAACCAGUUGGUUUCUUGCUGUUUGACAGGAGAUGGAAGGUGCAGGAGCCUCCACAGUUAACUUCUAAGAACACUAACAAAAUAAACCAGAGUUUGCACAGAUGAUGUUUGAAACCAGCUGUUACCUACUCACCUUUAAGGCCAGUGGGGAAUGGAUAGGUGUGCUGGGAUGCUGGCGUCUGGUCAAGCUCAUCAAGAGCAGUGGCAUUGCUAGUGAAGGUUGAGAGAGACAGGUACUAAGCAAGGAGACAUUAGGGUUACUGAGUCUUCACAGCUUUGGCUUCGUUGUUUAAAGGACACUGAACAGUUGUCUUAUUUGCUUAAUGUUCUAUGAUUUUGUGCUGCAGAGACUACAUCACCUAAGUAUUGUAGGUAUAAAUAGCACAUGCUGCAUGAUCAUAAUGCCACAUUUGCUAAGCAAAACAUAGGCAGCAGCCUUGCAUUCCCACAAAUUGAAUGCUUUUCAGACUUUGUAUUUUAUUAAGUAAUCUUGUGAUGCCAUGUAACACAUGAUGAUUGCACCAUAAGCUCUUGUAACCCAUUUCUGGAGGUGUGCACUUUAAUUUCCCUUCUGACUAGUAAAAGAUAGACAGAACACACACUGAUACACCCUCUCUGAUCACGAGUCAGUUUUGGGCAGCAGUGGUUAUUAGACUUUAAUGUGUUGUCCGUAUCAGCAAUAACACAGAGUACCGUCUGCUGUAAGGUGACAGUUCUCUGUGAAUAAUCAUGAAAACUGAAAAGAUUUAUAAGUUUCACACUUUAGAAAAUAUAAAAAUACUUCUGGAGGCUUUAGGAGAAUUAUGUAUAAAACUGGAAAUAAUGUACUUUUUAUAUUAAGGAAUCAUAGUACAAUUUUUUAAAAGUAGUUCUGGUAGUUGUUGAGUCAGGGUGCGCUUUGUAUCUCUGUACACUUAUCAAGCAGUACAGAUUAUAAACUAUUUUGCUAUUCUGUAAAAUAAAGACAUAGUUCGUAAAGAAGUAAUUGAGAACUGUUUAAACCAAAAUUAAGGGCUUAGGAAUGCUUUUAUUAAUAUUGCAUUUUAGUUUCUAUAGCACAGAGUGAACACUAAAGGAGUGGUAAAAACUUCAGAGCUUUAUUUAUAAGAAAUCAUGCUGUCCUGAUUGUUCACUGUUCCUUUGAAGUCACGUGCUUUAUAUGUACAGAUUGCAAUUGGCAAAUAGAUCAAAGUUAUCUACCCAGAAUGUGUGUGCCUGAGUGGCACUGUUCAUUAAACUGUGUAGUGACAUAUUGACCAUUUGAUAUCUUAAGUGCCUUGAAUGUGACAAGGUUUAUUGUGAAUAGCUGCUGCAGCACUGAAGUGAUUCUGCUCUCUGCUUACCUGUCAAGGAGCUGAGAGCAUCUCUUUUUGUUAGAUACAUUUAUUGGAUUCGAUAUGUAAAUGGUGAGUAUAUAUAGCAAAACACAGAAAUUAGGCAGUGAAUAAGUGGUAUAUUAUUUUAGUUAUUCCUCUUUGCCAUCCAGUAUUUCAUGUUGAAAAAGCUUUUUAUACAUUGGGAAUGCCAAUGCAUGGAGUGAAUAGAAAUGCUUUUCAGAUUGGACACUAUUGCAAUAUAAAUGUUUCAUUCUUUAGUUUUGUUUAUGGAGUGAAAUGCCAGCACAGGGCAUUUGUAAGGUAGUAAGUAAAUACUUGAAUGAGCAGUAGUGGGCCAUCACAAAGAUUCAGUGCCAGUAGAGAUAAGUGUAUUAACAGUGAAAAACUGCAAACCAAAGUAUUACUUCACUAAUGCUGCAGUAUAGUAUGCCAUGUCUGCCUUGUUUUGUUUUUGUCUUUUUUAUGUAUGUUCGAUUUACUUUAUGCUUUAAGCAAGUUUGCCGUGACCAAUCCAAAGGUCUGAGAGUCUUCAUGAGCCUCGGGGAGCUGUGUCCAGUCACAGCUUUCUGUAGUGGGUUAUAAUGCCAUAAGGAAGCAGAAUGGAAGAAAACCCAAAGGUAAAUGGGUUCAGUCAUUUGUUUAAUGUUCCUGCAAGCCUCAGAGUGUCUGCUGCUUUCUCUGACUCCUGUGUUGCUUUGCUGGGAACAUUCACUGCCUUUAAGACUCUCUACUGUGGAGGCCAGGCCUUGCCCCAGUAACACAGUGCUGCAGAGGAAGGUUAUUGUGAAUGAGAGUGCCCAGUACACAUACAAGCAGGUACACCCCAGGUGUGUUAAUGGGAUCUGGAGGGUGUCCUUUCUGCCCUGUGCAAACAUAACAUGUUGUGAAUGAAGGCAGUGUUUUGUUACUCCAUUUGUUAAGGGAUGACCAUGUCCAGCUGGCCUAGGCCACCGCUUUCAGUGCAUUGCUUAUGAAUCCGGUGGAUGUUCCAGAGCUGUAUAAAAAACCCUUGUGCAGUC